UUCUAGUCAAGCAAUCAAAAGAUAGCCACGUAAGAUGUGACACAAUGAGACAAGUAAUAAUUAUAUUGUUGUUAUUAGUGUUUUGUGUAUGUUUGUACGAUGCUAAGGACUUAGUUGUUGGCACGAGAAUAAAUAACUUGUUGAUAUCGACAGAAAAAGUUGUGUAUAAAGGAAUACCGUUUAUAAGAAGGGAUAAGGAUUAUAACUACACAGAUCCUAAGCAGAGGGUUAUUAAGGGUAUCAUAGCCCGUGACCUAUCGCGGACAGACGCGGAGGUGACGCUGGUCUCCGGCGGGGUCGGGGACACCCACGUCACACUGCAUCUGCGCAGCGAGCGGGGGGAGGGACUCAACUACCUCAUACUAAUCUUUAGUCAGAAUAAAUGAUUAGCCAUAUAACUAAUGUAUGUUUGGAUUUGGUUUGCAAGGUUGUUUUUGGCUGUGACAUUGUUAUGAUAAGGAAGGAAGAAUGAUAGGAAGGACCAAGCGUAAUCGGGCAUUGAAAUAAAUAAGACACAAUCAUGGGCGUAGCCACGGUGGGGCAGGGUGGGGCUACCAGGCUUUGACCUGGAAGGUACCUAACAAAAUCUAAAAAUU